AGCACCACUUUUUUCUGUCAGAUUUUUUCGUUUUGAGCGAAAACGCGUUGAAUGAGCCUAAUUACAUUCGAUUUCGGAGGCGAGGAGGCUGAACUGAAUAAUUACCGCUUUUUAAAACUGGCGCGAAUUGACGAAAAAUGGCGGACCAUCACAGCCUGCUUCCUUAUGGCCAGACCCUGAUCAGAGGGUCUCUCUAGUAAGAACUUCUAGUAUCUGCACACCGUUUUACGGUUGUAUGCGUCUCCGUGAACAGUUCAGAUUCAAAUACGUACUAUGUUGCCGCGUGCGACUGUUUUCAAUUAUCGUAAAGUACAAAACUAUUGCUAAAACACUCGUCUUCCUUCUGCAAGCUGAUCAUACGCGUCAAGUCGCAUUAUGGGCAAGACGUACUAUUGCGAUUAUUGCGACAGAUUUUUUAAGGAUGACGUCGAAGCCCGUAAGAAACAUCUAUCCAGUAUGCAGCACGUAGCAAAUCGGGAGAGUCACUACUCCGCGUACAAGGACCCUGAGACUGUGUUGAGGGAGGAGGAGCGCAAAACCUCGUGUAAACGCUUCAUGACCGGCGGAGAGUGCGCUUUCGGUUUGGGCUGUCGAUUCUCGCAUUUCACGCCGGAAAUGAUGUGGCAACUCAAACAGAUAGUCGCGAUGGAACGCCUCAAAGGCUCAACGGAGGCACCUAAGGGCGGCUGGCCAAAUGCUGAGCACGUGACUAUGGAAUUUUUGGAGCACAGGAUUGCAUCGAGCGACGUCGAGGACAUUUCUCCGAUUUGGUGCCCAUCGCCGGCGAUCGGCCGUUCGCAUUUACCGCCGUCUUUGGAGUCCCUCACGUUGGAGAAAAUAACGAGGUGCACUUUUUGUAAAUGGGGAGAUGCAACUUGCACACGAUGCUAGAAGUAAAGCUUAUUUAUAUUCGUA